CGGAGCGCGCAGCGCGGGCCGGUGGGAGGGAGGGAGGGCGGGCGAGAGGAGAGGACCCAUCACCCGGCACGGGACAGGCCGGACAGAGGGCCCGCCGCAGAAGGCAGAGCUGCCGAGAUCUCAGUCACAGAAAGAGCGACUUCUUCAGGCCCGGCGGGGCCGCGCUCCGGGCACCCUCCACUGCGCGCCCGCUCCCUCCAUCCACCUGCCGCUGGGGGUCUGGCCGUCGAAGCGCGCCCCAGGCUCGGGUCAGUUCCCGGCCUUCGAGGGCGCCGCCGCCUCCAUCUCCUCCUCUGCAGCGGCCGCAGACGCAGACGCCCGGGCGGGACCCCGGCGUGAGCACCAGGCGCCCCCCUAGGAGUGCACGACCCCCGGAGCCGCCCUCGAUACGGACCGCGCCCGCCGGGCACACAAGAAUGGUCACUCAGAUACUGGGGGCCAUGGAGUCUCAGGUUGGGGGGGGGCCGGCCGGCCCGGCCCUGCCCAACGGGCCACUCCUUGGGACAAACGGAGCCACUGACGACAGCAAGACCAACCUCAUCGUCAACUACCUACCCCAGAACAUGACACAGGACGAGUUCAAGAGUCUCUUCGGCAGCAUCGGGGACAUUGAAUCCUGCAAGUUGGUUCGGGAUAAGAUCACAGGGCAGAGCCUGGGCUAUGGGUUUGUGAACUACUCUGACCCCAAUGAUGCAGACAAAGCCAUCAACACCCUCAAUGGCCUCAAACUGCAGACGAAGACCAUCAAGGUGUCCUAUGCACGUCCCAGUUCUGCCUCUAUCCGGGAUGCCAACCUGUACGUCAGUGGCCUCCCCAAGACCAUGAGCCAGAAGGAGAUGGAACAGCUCUUCUCCCAGUACGGCCGAAUCAUCACUUCGAGAAUCCUGCUGGACCAGGCCACAGGUGUCUCUCGGGGUGUGGGAUUCAUCCGCUUUGACAAGAGGAUCGAGGCAGAGGAGGCCAUCAAGGGACUGAAUGGGCAGAAACCACUGGGUGCUGCUGAGCCCAUCACGGUCAAGUUCGCAAACAACCCAAGUCAGAAGACAGGGCAGGCCCUGCUCACCCACCUGUACCAGUCCUCUGCCAGGCGCUACGCUGGCCCCCUGCACCAUCAGACACAGCGCUUCCGGCUGGACAAUUUGCUCAAUAUGGCCUACGGAGUCAAGAGUCCCCUGUCGCUCAUCGCCAGGUUCUCCCCAAUCGCCAUCGAUGGCAUGAGUGGCCUGGCGGGCGUGGGCUUGUCCGGAGGCGCUGCAGGCGCUGGCUGGUGCAUCUUCGUGUACAACCUGUCCCCAGAAGCUGAUGAGAGCGUGCUGUGGCAGCUUUUCGGACCCUUUGGGGCGGUCACCAAUGUCAAGGUCAUCCGAGAUUUCACCACCAACAAGUGCAAGGGUUUCGGCUUCGUCACCAUGACCAACUACGAUGAGGCUGCCAUGGCCAUCGCCAGCCUCAACGGCUACCGCCUGGGCGAGCGCGUGCUGCAGGUGUCCUUCAAGACCAGCAAGCAGCAUAAGGCCUGAGCAUUUAUCGCCCUCCCUCCCCGGGCAGCAGAGAGAGAGAGAGAGAGAGAGAGAGAGAGAGAGAGAGAGAGAGAGGAAAAGAGAGAGAGUGUGCGCAAUCUCGAGAGCAGGCAGACCCAUACACCUGCAUAAACACCACAGGGUGAGCAUCCGGAUGGGGAGGGUCUGCAGGGAAUUGAGGGAAGGGUGUCCCCACCCUGUUCUCCUUGCUUUCCCCACCUCAGGCUGGGGCUUGUUCACUCUCUCUUCUUGGUUUGGUUCAUGGUGAUGGCUUUUGUUUCUUUUUUCGGCUAAAACAAAAAGAAGAAAGCAGAGAGGAGACCCCCCCAUCCCACCUCACCCUCACCACCCUGCAUGGGAUGGCUUAGGGGACACAAUGGUGCCCUACUCAGGCCUCCCUUGCCCAGGCCUGUCCUAUACCGAGAGAAAGGGGAGGGAACAGGUUUAAAAAUCCCCAAAACGGCAAAAAACAAAAAAACAAAAAAACAUGAAAGAGGGGUGUGGGCAUCCCCAUCCCCCGCCCCAGUCCCUGAGCAGAGAACAGGGAGCAGAGUUGGGGCAGAGCAGGAAGCAGAAAAAAAAAAGGGUGGGGUGGGGUGGGAGGGGAAGAAAAACUCUAUUUUUGUAAAAAGGGAAAAAGACCUCGUGGAGAAUUUUUACUGGGGAUUCUUGAACUUGAAAAAAAAAAUCACAAAAAAAAA